AUGGACGCCCCCACCACUUUCGCAGUUCUGGGUAACCAGCCUUCAGUGACGCUGAGCACCAGCACCAGCCUCAUCGUCACGAAUUCACCGGUCCCUACGGUAAUAAACGGGGUUUCGACAACUAUCAACGUCCCAAUUACUUCGGCUUUACUUGCUUUGGUGCCUAUUGGGACCAGCCCGAGUCCCAGUGCUCGCCACCUUCCAGCCAGGCUGUCCGCUACUCAGGUUGUACUCAUCGUCUUCACCACUGUGGGAUUUCUGCUAGUGCUUGGUCUCGUUGUUCUCGUAAAACUUCGGCGGCGCAGAGCGCGGACACGAGAAGAGCAGCUGGCUGCCCAAGAAAACAAUAUCGACCCAUUCGUCGAUACGAGACGACCGCCGUCCAACUGGGUCUCGUUCAUCAAUAACUCUGAGCCCCCGGUGGCAACGGACCUGUCGCGCUCCAGCACCAUGGCAACACGCCAGACGUACAUCUCAAACGAGAUGCAUAGAGCGAGGGAGAAGAUGGCGGAACUGGAACAAGACUUGCGCCUUUCGCAGGCGAGCGCAAAUAAUGUUCAAGUUGUAACCAGUGGCAGUACGAUCAUCGCCAACUCCGAGCAAGAGCCGGUAAUCGAACAAGGACUGGCUGCCGCGAUGCAGCAGAUCGAGCAACUCAAGACGAGGAUUCGACAGCUGGAGUCACAACGCCGAUCCUCGUGGGCCACAGGACGGAGCGAUGUGCCUCCGCCAGGAUAUUAUGAAAUCGUUUGA